AAUGGAGGGAAGUAUCUCCCGUUCUCCAAACGAAAUGACUUGAAUUGCCCCAAACUCGCGAGAAGCAACGCCAAGGUUUUAAAAGGUUUUUAGGUCGAUAUAGAGCGAAUCUGUUCAUCAAUCCGAUAACAAUUGAACAUGGCGGGUAAGCCUGGAACGAUACCAACAUACAACAUUGGUCCUGCAGAGAGCACCAAAUCUCAGGAACGCCUUGUACAUGAUGGUGUUCGCACUGAUGCUCGCCACUUACUAGAGUGCAGGCUUGCUUUUUUAAAGACUGGGGCGGUGAAUGCAGCUGCAGGGUCUGCAUAUGCAGAAUUUGGAAACACGAGGGUUAUAGUAUCUGUAUUCGGUCCUAGGGAAAGUAUGAAGGCACAAACAUAUAGUGAUGUUGGAAGGUUAAAUUGUAGUGUGAGCUUCACAACAUUUGCAACUCCUAUUCGGGGAAGGCUUAGCCAGGGAAUAGAACAUAAAGAGUAUUCCACAAUGCUGCACAAAGCCUUGGAGGGUGCUGUGAUGUUAAAUACAUUUCCGAAAACUACAGUUGAUGUUUUUGCUUUAGUGCUUGAAUCUGGUGGUGGUGAUCUCCCGGUUGUCAUAACUUGUGCCAGUCUUGCCCUUGCCGAUGCUGGCAUUAUGAUGUUUGACCUAGUAACUGCAGUUUCUGUGGCAUCUAUUGGUAGAGAUCUUAUUAUUGAUCCAAUUUCAGAAGAGGAGGAUUGCCAAGAUGGAGGGUUGAUGGUAGCAUGCAUGCCUUCUCGAAAUGAGAUCACACAACUUACCAUUAAUGGAGAGUGGUCUACGACAGCAGUAUCUGAGGCUUUGAACCUUUGUCUUGAUGCAUGUAGAAAGCUGGCCGAUAUUAUGCGGGUAUGUCUGAAAGAAUCAGCUACUGAGUAAUCAUGAAAUGGACUACUUCAGAUGGUUUGAAAAGUAUGAUGCUCAAUUUUGCAAUUUGAGUUGGUAAAGUUAGGAGUUAGUUUCAGAGAAUGUCAUCGUGUCUUAUUUUUACCAUUGUUCCUUGUGUAAUCUCUUGUAUAGGAAAGUUUGACUAUGCUUAUACCCAUACACAUUUCCAGAUCUUCCAUGUAAUAGCUGACUACAUUAUUAGAAAAAAUAGUUUUUGCAUUGAAGGAUAUUUCUUUUUAUAUGGAAAUUGCAAAAAAAUUGUAUAUUGAAUAUAUUUUGGUAAAUCAAACCUUUUUUGCUCA